AUGGGUCUAAGCACAUCUCCAUCUGAUCCUUACCUCGGAAGAGCAGACUUUCAGAACGAACAUAUGAAUCCAUUCUCAAAUUUUCAGGAAUUUAUUCCACCAGAGGCGACAACUCCUGUUACAAGGGAAAAUUUCCUAUCAAAUACAGAUCAAUUCUAUAAUGAUAAUCUGUUUCAAGAACAAACAAUACAGCAACAAGGGUUACAAGGAUUAUUUAAUACUUCAUUCACAAAUACCAACUCAUCUAACAACCAGACUCAAACUACUGUUCAACCACAAAUUAAUGGAACUAACCGGAUCUCUAAUCCAUAUAUUGACAUUGCGCCAAAUCAGAAUCUAAGGCAAUAUAACACAAGUCAACUAGCAAACCGGAAUGCAGAUCCAAUUGUCGGACCACUUCAUGAUUUAAUUUUACCUCAGCAAAGGCCUGAUGGAACUGUGGUGUAUUACCCAAUAAUAAAUCGUCGAAUUUUACCAGGCUAUAUACUAGAGGAACAAAUGAUAAAUAGCAAUAUUUCACAAAUUCAGGUACCCACUGAUUUAACUAUUCAAGAUCAAAUAUUACAAGAAAAAUGGGAUAAUGGGCAGAUAAUAAACUAUCCCAUAAUAAAUGGACAAAUAUUAGGGGGACAAGAGUAUCCAGUACUUGAUGAUUCUGAAGUCGCAAAUCAGAAUCAAAGUUCUAAUAUGAAUGCUAAUAUUCAGAAUGCGCAACAACCACUGCAUAGGUCUAAUUUACAAAGAGAUCAAAACUAUUCACAAAAUAUCCAACACUCAAGAGAGGAUAGUGAUACACCUUCAAGAAGAGUGAGGCCAAGAGUGAAUCAAAGUGAUUCCCAACCAAUUCCCAACAUACAAGAGAAUUUUUCUGAAGAUCCUCGGUUACAUGAAGAGAAAUUUAUUGCAUUCAUUGAUAAACAACAAGAGAUAAUUAAUCAAAAUAGGUUAAUUGAAAAUCCUACUGUCGAAAUGCAAAAACAAUUUUUCCGCUCAAUAUUUGGAUUUAGAGUAAAGCCUAAACUCCUUAGAGACUUACAAGAUCCUCUGCAAGUAAAAGUGUACGAAGUUGAUAACUAUGUAACUCAAAUAAGAGGUCAAAAAGUCAACUCGUUUUACUUAGAUGACACAAUUGUUGAAAGAUUUCUUCCACCGUUCCUGAAAAGAGUAAAAAAUGUAAAUAAUAUCUAUAUGAAACCUUCUUUAAGAAUUCCAAUUAUUCACUACUUGAAGGCUGCAUCCUAUAUUCAGAUGUUUGUUCAAAUAUUUUCUACAUUAUCAGAAGAUCAAAAGUCAUCUGAAUCCAUUGUGGAUCUGUCAAACCUAUCUUUGAAGGCUUCAUUACUGCCAGCGGAGCUCUCUUCAAUAAUUUCAGGACUGGGCUGUUUUGAAACUGAAUACAGUAUUUUUGAAUUAAAAUGGCCUUUUACAACAUUAAAGACUGCCUUAGUAAAUGCAACAUACUGUCUAUAUAUGUCAAGGGAAUCUGCAAAAUACCAAUUUCCAAAGGAUCAGAUGCAGAAACCUAAGUUUCCGAUGCAUUACCCAGUACAUGAUUUAAUUUGGAAUGACUUAGAGGGCUAUAGGAAAUCACAAUAUUUUUUUGAAAGGUAUUUAAAAGAAGAAAGUGAAAAAAAUAUUAUUAAACCAAAUAACCAUGGACCUAAUAUGAAGUAUUUCAAACUUUUUUCACCUAAUAGACAACUUUCUUUUCAUGAGGUUGCUAAAUCAAUACCUAAAUGGUAUAAGAAUAGAUAUGAUUAUUUAAAAGUUUUCAAAAUAUAUCUUUUAAAUCAGUUAGAAUUUGAAGAGAAAUUUGUGACAGAUGACCCUGAGUUAAUUAAAGCCUUAAGCGUGGUUAAUUUAACUAAAUGUAAUUUUAGCAACGAAAUUUUGAAAAAUACAGUACUUUGUACGUAUGAUGAUUGCUAUCAAAAAUUUCUAGAUACAUUGAAUAAAAAUUUUGAUAUGAUCUUCAGUAAGGGUACAGGUUUUGGCUGGAGUGGCCAAAUAUAUAGACGAUUUGAAAAUGGAAAUAUCAUGACACCAAUUAUUACUCCUUGCAUUGAUCAAAUAUAUGGCAAUACGUUUUUCCCUUCAAAGAUAAUUGAUAUGGAUUUCAUAAAUGUUUCUAAUUUUACAAUUGCUCCUGAAAUAUAUUUUGAAAAAGUUACUAAUUUUUUGAAAUGA